CAAACAGUGAGAUAUACUCGAAGAAAUUAAACUCGACCCUUUACAGCUAGGGCAAGGACACGAUACUCUACUCGACUGUAUGCCACCAUAGCCACGUGUUUCAUCAUCAGCUCUCUCUAUAUAACCCUCCACUCUCUAGUCUCUACCUCACAGUUUUCUUCAGCAUCACAGAUCCACACACAGCAGUUACCAACUUCUUCUUCUUCUUCUUCUUCUUUUACUAUCUGUUUCUAAGUAUGGGUGCAGCAACCUGCGUCGACAUCAUCAUCGCCAUCCUCUUGCCUCCUCUUGGGGUCUUCCUCAGGUUUGGCUGCGGGGUGGAGUUCUGGAUCUGUUUGAUUUUGACUCUUUGUGGUUACCUUCCUGGGAUCAUCUAUGCUAUCUGGGCCAUCACCAAGUGAUGAUCAGCCACUCGUACUUCAUUUUCUGUGGUCGUACAGAUGUGAAGGGCACAUAAGGCCUAUGUAGUUUUCACCGUUGGAUUGCAUAGUACUUUGUUUGCUGUUAGCCAAUAAUGUAGUGCGUCGUUUCUCCUUUGUAUUUAGUUCAUUGUGUUUCCCUAUCUUGUCUAUCUCUUGUGAAGGGUGGGUGUGGGGUUUUGGUUGGUAUUAUGGAUUAAUGUCUCUUUAAACAUUGAUAAUUUAUUUAAUUAUUCUCAAUGUGGAUUUGAUUUAAUUUUCAAUGUGAUUCUCAUCCACCCGACCCAGUAGGGUUUGGAGGGUAUCACUAGCUUUAUGAAUAAUAUUGAGUGCUCUAAUAAUUCAUGUC